UAGAGGAAGAGGGAGGGAGGAAGAGCACUACGAGAGCAGAGAGGCAGCAAGAGAAUAGAAAGGGAGAGAGAAGGAGAGAAUGUAUGGUGAACAGCAAGCGCUUCCUUGUUCAUGUCCUGGGCCUUUGUGAAUAAACCAUGGGAUGUAUUGGCUCUCGAACACUCAGAGAUCAGCAGUGUCUGAUAUACUCAUACCAGCCCAUCUGCUUCCAACAACCUUGCCAGGCGGCAGAUGGGGUUCCAGUACAGAAGGAUGGGGAACAGCAUGGCCGAACAGACUUUUCAUGGGAUGGAAUCAAUCUAUCCAUGGAGGACACGACCUCCAUUUUGCCCCGGCUAAAGAAGCGGAAUUCCAACGCCUACGGCAUUGGAGCUCUGGCUAAGUCCUCACUGACAGGUGUGUCAGGAGUGACUCGGUCUAUGAAGGACAAGGUGACAAAGCCGACAGCCAUGGCACAGGGUCGUGUAGCCCAUAUGAUAGAGUGGCAGAACUGGGGAAUGCAGACAGUGGGAGCAGGAGGCACCAGUGCUGGCCGAAUCUCCACCCGCAAUCUUCAGCAUGAGCGCAAACUGGAGAAUGAUGCCUACAGUGACCUUAGUGAUGGAGAGAAGGAGGCACGCUUUGCAGCAGGCGUUAUGCAGCAAUUUGCAAUAUCUGAGGCCACAUUGCUAGCUUGGACCUCCAUGGAUGGAGAAAGCAUGAGUGCAGGCUCCAACCAAGGCAGCGUUGCCCAUCUGAGCGAGGCUAAUCAGGAAAGCAUCACCAGCCGAGACCAGAUAUUACACCACUCCUCUGCAGAGGUAUGGCCCCACACAUACGUCUCCCAAGGCCUCUACUGCCUCUCCUCUUCAGAUGCCUGGGAACCAAUCAGCAACGAGCAGUCAGGAGUGGCCUCUCCAGCCACAGGCUCCUUUGUCAUGGCUGGCGGAGCUUCCUGUGAUAGCAGUUAUGAUGGAAAUGCUGCGGCUCACUUCCUGUCACAACAGCAACAGCAGCAAUUCAUCCAACACAACCAGUUACAACAAAUACAGCAACUACAACAGAUACAGCAAUACCAGCAACAACAGAUACUGCAGUAUCAACAGCAACAGAUAUUGGAACAAAGACUACAUAGUACCAAUCAAUCUUUACAGGCGACACCCAACAGCACUAUCCACAGUCUACCGCCACGCACUCACCCACCCCUGGUGGAUCUGUGGGGUGCAGGGCUUACAGAGACCUACCAGGCAGAAGCAGGUGGGUAUAUUGGUAUAGCUGCAGCCAUGGAGGGAAAUCUAACAGCCCCCUCAGAAGACAUGGGAACAGAACAUUCACCAUUACUGGAAGCUCAAGAAGAGGAAGAGAUCAAGGAGGAAGAGGUAACAUUAUGCAUGGAACCAGAACCAGUGACUUUAAUUCCUUCUCCUGCUGCACAGAGAGAGGAAGUGAUCUCAGCAGGAGGAAGCAGUCCAGGACAGGUCCCUGGGGAAUCAAUCACAGAGUGGAAACCUUCUGAUGUCACGUCGUCUGUUAAUGAAAUGCUGGAGGAAAAAGAGGUGGAGUCUGAAUCCUCAUCGGCCAGUGCUACGGCAACCAAAUGAGUGUCAGGAGUAGGAACAAAACUGAUUUUUGAUCAACAUUUAACACUACAUUAUCAGCUAUUUGAAUGGAUCCUUCACUUUUCAGGAAUCUUUCCUUUGUGUUGGAUCUUGUGUGACUUACAAUACAAUACGGAGCAAAUGACAGAAUUUUCUAAGAAACAUGACAAUUCUGAAGAAGAGCACAGGAAGGAGAGAGACAGAGGGAGGAUAAAUAUAUACACAAAUGAACUUGGAGAGAUGAGCGCAGACAAAGGUUAUACAAAGGUUCAAUACAUGCAUGCUAUUUACAUGGAUGCUACGAGGAUAUAAUAAGAAAACACCAAAAAGACCUGGUACAUACAGCACAGACUGGAUAGUUUCUAAUAAAUUCAAAAGCGCAUGAUUGUGAGGUUUAGUAUAAAGUGUUUCAGUCAACACCUUCUUCACCCAUUAUAGAUAUUGUGUAUCAUUAUAUAAGCAAAACAGAUCUCACAGAAAACUAAUCAUUUGCUUAUUAUAAACUAAUCGAUUUGAACACCCACAGAGCAAAAACUUUCCUUUUCCUAUUGGCUAUUUAUCACUAUAAAUAGAUACAUCAAAAUAAUUAUAUUAAUAUUACAGACAUCCUCACACACACCUAGAUCUGCUUUUAAAGUGUCAAGCAUCAAGGUAUAAAACAUGCAUCUAGAGUACUUACACAUUCACAUUCAGGUUAAAUGUCCUCACACUGGACUAGUUGCUGACAGUGAGCUGUUAGUCAAAAUCCUCAUGUUCUUAAAACAAUAAAAUAGUUUUCUCCAUGUGAUUUAUUUUAUUUUAUAGACACAAUAUAAAGACACAUCCAUGCAAUGCUAUUUAAAGGUGACUAUAGGCAAAUAUUGAACAGAACCAAAUUGAGGAAUAACAAAAUGAUCUGUUAAUCAGUUCUGUUAAUGCUCUAUAAAGGUUCGUGAUAGGGUUAUGAAGAUUGUAAACAUGCCCUCAUUUCCCAUUUUAAAUUGAGAGCAUUUUUUGUGUGCCAGCCCAUUAGUUUAGAAAGAUCUGAAAUUCAAACCUUAUUAAUGAACACACACACACACACACACACACACACACACACACACACACACACACACACACACACACACACACACACACACACACACACACA